UUAUUUUAUUGCUAGCCAACGUGGAAUUACUGCAUGUUUUUUUUUUGCUAACUUAGCUAGCUACUUAGCUAGCUCAAGUUGACACAAGCUAUUUCAGUCUGCUCUAUAAAUUGCUUUGUAAAUAUCUUGCUGUGCGACCUAGAAAAUAAAUGACCCACAGAUAGUAAUUGUUGUGAUGAUGGGCUUCACUGUACCACAGCUUCUGAGUGCCAUAGAGAAUAAACUGAGUGCAGAUUCUGGACCAUUAUGUUUUCAACAUUACUACAAAGAAAAUGGCUUAUUUAUAGCAAUUAAAAAGAUAUGACCCAUAUUACUGGCGGAUUUUUUUUUUUCACGGCUUGACAUGCAGCAUUUAACACAAACCACGUAGAGAGCCGUUAAACUACUCACGAGCCUCAGCCGCUAAAGCCAAUGAGAAUGACCAGUGCACCGGUGUUGUGUCGAGGUGCCUGCCGACCUAAGGUGCUUCCACUGGGCAGCUCUAUCACAGUGUUGCCGGCGGUAGCUAGUAACGUGGCCAAUUUAAAAAGAUAUAUUUUAGAUUUCAAGUAGGAUAGCAGUCUACACAAGAAAUAACGAAUAUUGGUAGCCAUCUAGAUGUCAUCGUGAUACAGUCUACUCUAGGGGGAAGAGCAUGAAUGACAACAACACCGGGACCAUGUCCUCCUUAGCUGUCACAACCGUGUGACACGUCCGUGUCCGUACAACCUCUCAACAACAUUGUUCCAUAAUGCUACAUUAUUAGCUAAACCUGUUCACUUUACCAGUAGUUUACAAACAUUAAGUGGCACAGAAAUAAAGGAAAAUGUUUUGAGUCUGGUAAAAUCACCUGUGGUGUUGUGUAGGCUAUAGCAAUGUUUUAUUAGUUAGCUAGGGUUUGAGGUAGGUGUAUCUAGCUGUCUUAUUUGUAUUUGUUCAAUAGCUCAAUUGAUUUCAUAAACUAAAUUGGAUAUAUGGCUGUACAGGUUGGAAUCAACCCAAGAUGAUGAAUCCUGAAGAUGUGUCAACCCCUACCUUGCCCCAUUCCUCCAAGAGCUCACUGAGUUUGAAUGAAGAUCUCUAGUGAGGGGUGAGAAGAGCUGACAAAUCAGAACUGAGGAUGAUUGUUACGGAGCCCCAUGAGGAACACCUGAUGCGGGGCUGACUUCUCUCUCCUAUCUGCUCUCCAGUCCAAACUGUUCCGUUGUGUGUUUCAGCGCCUCUAAACCCCCUUACCCUGAAUAGUUGCUCUGAUGACCAUGGAUCUAGGAUUGUACCCAAUCUCCAUCUUGGAUGGAAGCACCAUCGGCCCUCACGGAUAGAUAGAAGCCGGCUAUAAAGGGAUUAUUUUGGCUGCCGAACACAGGAGGCACGCUGUGCCACGAGGGACCACCUGGAGGCAGACCCCUCGUCCCUGAACAGAGGAAAAGGACUUUGGCACAAAGGGCUUUGGCACAAGGUCCUGCGUGUUGGAACACUUCUUGAAGAAAUUUACCCUGUUGGACAGGGGAUUUUGGACUGUUUUGCCAUGUGUCAAAUCAGCUUGCCAUCCGUUCCAAAUGACCUCUACUCGUGGUAUACAUCACACCAAAAAUAAAGCGUGGAAGGACAGUCUCCCUUGACAGGAGAGAACAAAAAUAUGCCUGACAACGCCAUUCCACCCCUGAUGCUUUUGCCUAAAGUGAAAAUGUGUUGGAGUGGAGUACUCCCAGUUUUCAUCCUACCCUCUUUGCCUCUUUUUUCUCUACUCCUUUAUACUCUCAUAUCUUCCUCGAUGGCUGUUGUUAGUUUGCCGGGAUUAGACUAUGACUAUGGAGCCCAGCCAAAGUUUGUUUGUACCCCGAUUCCAGCGGAUGCAGACCCCAGCUGCUUCACACCAGGCGGGGCAGCACAUGGACCUGCCCACGACAGACCCAGCAGUAAUGGGCAUCAUGGACCUGCUGCAGGGGCGCCCAAUGGUAACGGCAGGAGGUCGAUGGGAAUGGGGAUAGGAAUAUCAGACGAGGCCAAAUCCACCAUCCUGCACCUUCGCGAGAGCCUGGUGCGGCAAAAGGAGACCAUCUUAGACCAGCGAGAGACGAUCAGGGAACUGACUGCCAAGCUGACCCUCUGUGAGGGCUUUGGCCGGGGGGUGGGUCAUCACGAUGACCAUCACGACAACCACCAUGGACCCCCGCGUCUCAACACCCAUCACCCGAGCUCGCACCACGCCUACCAUGAUGCUGACCACCACGGGGAUCCACACUACCCACUGAACAAUGGACAUCGAUCGGACCCACACCACCGAGGGAAGGACAACGCUGGGAGCAAGCAUGGGGCCUUCUCCCCUGAGAAAACUAGGAAAACGCUACAGACACUCAAGGAGAGGCUGGAGAACUUGCAGGCCAGGAAUUCCUCCAGCUCCUAUUCAAGCUCACUGAGAGACCUCCUGCAACGCAAAAUCAAUGCACUUGAGAAGCAGCUCAACAAUCACUACGGUGGGCAUCAUGAUUAUGGUCACCAUGACGACCACCACGAUGACCACCAUGACGACCACCACGAUGACCACCAUGACGACCACCACGAUGACCAUCAUGACGACCACCACGAUGACCAACAUGGACCCGACCACCAUCAUGAUGAUCGACACGAUGACCACCACGAUGACCACCAUGGACCCAGUCACCAUGACGAUCACCAUGAUGACCACCACGAGACCCCCACCCCCUCCCGCCACAACAACCGCCACAACAACCGUCAAAACAGUCGCCAUGACCGACACUAUGACCGCCAUUAUGAUCGUAGCCAUGGCCGCCAUGACACCCACCAUAACGACCACAAUGGCGAACACCAUGAUGACCAUCACAACGACCGUCAUGGCGAACACCAUGAUGACCAUCAUGACCUUCACCACGAUGACCACCAUGAUGAUCUUCACGAUGACCACCAUGAUGACCACCAUGGAAACAGUCACAGUGACGAUGGUCACCUUGGCAACGACGACCAUGGCCAUCAUCCUCGUCCAUCCUAUAACAGCAAGCCGCCGGCUCCAAGACCUCUUGGCCGUGGACACAACAAGCUUGAAACUGUGCUGAGCCACCUUAACCACAGGAACACUGACCCUGUUACCCGGAAAAAGCCAAAGAGUCCGGAUGCUUUCCAGAUUGGCUUCCCUAUGCGCACUAACUACAUAUAUGGAAAAAUAAAGAGGACCCUGCUCAACGAAAUAUUCGCCCUCACUGUCUGCCUCUGGAUAAAAGGGGGAUCAGGGCCUGGCCUCGGCACUCCCUUCUCCUACUCUGUACCGGGACAGGCCAACGAACUGGUUCUGAUCGAAUGGGGCAACAACCCCAUGGAACUACUGGUCAACGACAAGGCAGUGACAUUGCCCAUGGCAAUGACGGAUGGGAAGUGGCAACAUCUGUGCGUGACGUGGUCGACACACGAUGGGCAUUGGGAGGCCUUCCAGGACGGUGUAAAAAGAGGAUCUGGAGAGAAUCUAUCUGCAUGGCAUCCCAUCAAGCCUGGUGGAGUCUUUAUUCUGGGUCAGGAACAGGACGCCCUAGGUGGCCGAUUUGACGCCACCCAGUCCUUCGUGGGCGAAAUGUCAGACCUCCAGUUGUGGUCCCGCGUUCUCACGCCCAAUGAAAUCUACAGCCAGGCUUCCUGUGGCGGUCACAUGGCCGGUGACCUCAUCACCUGGACAGAGGCAGUGGUUGAGCUUCACGGUGGGGUCACCAAAUACCCCUUCGACCCCUGCCACUAAGCACUACCCCACUCUGCCUCAUUAAAAAUGUCUGAUCACCAAGCCCAUGAUGUCAGUCAACCAGCUGUACGGUGUGGCAGCAGGGCUCUGUGCGCUACGCUGCAGAGACAUUCUGCUAUUUUUGCCAUCCAUUUCCUCUCUGUUCUGCCUUCCCCCUCGCUGGGCCGAGGAACUGGGAGGACUUUAAAAGAGCAACGGCUGGAUAUAACCGAAUGGUCAUGACUACCGCUGCUCCCGAGAUCCAGUACAGGUAAUAGGAUUCCCUGUCUCUAGAUGGGUCCAUCCAUGUAUGCUCCGGCCUUAGCAAAGCCCUUCAUCAGUCAGGUGUUCAAAGAAUCAAAACCUUUUUUUCUGGGAUGUAUUACGCCUGGAUAUGGUUCUCAAAGUCACAAUAGUCCAGGUGUUAUUUGUUGGUCUUUCUGUUUUUGACUGGUGAGCAGGAUGAUACCAGUGAUGAAAAGGAAAGUAGGAAUGAACAACCUAAAGGCACUGAAAACAUAGCCCUGCAGAUGGCAAGUGUAUGAGUUGGAAGACAUUGAUAAAGAUUUGAUGGUUGAAUGUGAGGGAUUACGUUGUAUUUUUCUGAACAUGAAGAUGGAGGAGCUCCUCUAGGGAUGUUGUUUUUAGGCUUUUAGCCUGUCCCGACUCUACCAGAGAUUUUAGAGGCCUGUUUUCUACCACUGUGUUGUACACACAUGCAACUGAUCAACAUUCCACUGGAUUUUUCACAGGAACUUAGCUCUACAAAUAGCUGAUGGUGCUCUGCUUUUGGUUAAAGGAGUUUGCUUUGUCUGUUUGCGGAAACAUAUUUUUGUAAGUACGUGUGUUUUAAUAAAAGGUUAAAAAGGUG